AUGGCCCAGCUCCCCCCACUGGCUCCAGUGCCCUCCCCCGCAGUGAGGAGGACAAUCCCAUCUAAUGACUGGGAAAAUUGUCUAGAUGCAUGGAUGACUCUCUUGGGAAUCCGAUUGAAUCUUUCGGAUCAGCAGUUUAAAGCAGCUGCGGCCGAAGAUACAUCGGUACCACCCUUCUUGGGAUCCUACUAUCAAUACACGGCGGCGGGAGACACCAGUCUCCAGAGUGGGCCUAAAGGACGACAGCUCCGGAAACUAUGCUUUUUGACGACAAGGCGAUUUCUGCUUGAUUUGCCCAAUCCACCACAAAAUCUAUUAGACUGGAGGCUUCUCGGUAAUCUUUGUUGCUGCUAUCCUUCCAGCGCGACCUUGAAGACGUCAUUAUCCAAGGCAUGGGAGUUCCAUCAUGACAAGAUUACCUCGAGUAUCGACAAGGCAAAAUCUAGUGUGACGAAAAAUUUGGUUUCAGCCAAUGCUUCGUCAAACCCAGAGAUUCUCUCUGACAUCCGUCGAUUGACCAUCUUAGCUUCUGUGCUGCCAGCAUGUGGCCAAGCACUUAUGGCGGGCUCUGACUUCCUGGACACCAUAGCCGAAGCCUACCAAUCAAGAAAUGCCAGAGAAGAGUUUCGCCGCAUCCUUGUCGCCAACAUCUACGUUUCUCUGAUCUCUUUGUUGAAAGAACCUGUCAACCUGUCCUCAUUAUUAGAUCAACUUUUCAGCCUCAAAGCCGCAGCUCGAGUAGGAGCACCCAAGAUGAAGAAAGAAUCAACACUUCUUUCUGAUCUCGUCUGCAGCUCGGACUUGCUUAUCCGAUUAGAGAAAUACCUUGUGAACAAUCCCCAGAAACGGGGACAGGAUCUUCUUGUUAGCUUGCGUGCCUACCAAGCUGAAUCGCAGUCUUUGCACCAUCGAUACCAGAGACGCAAGAAGAUAGACAAGGGCAAAAAUGCUUCCUCGGAUCCUGUCAUCCCAGAACACUUACAUGCACACAAGAUGUCUCUUGUCACACAGGUGCAGGACUUGUUUCCUGAUCUUGGAUCGGCUUUCGUUGUACGCCUUCUUGACUUCUACAAUGACAACCCCGAGACUAUUGUAGCCCAGCUUCUGGACGAUUCGCUACCAAUGGAGCUUCAAGCAUUGGACAGAACCGAGCAGCUUCCUCCUACAGCAAAGCCUCAUCAUGUCCACAUGUCCCCUCAACCAACACCACCGGCGGUGCCGUCACUACAGCUUGAACACACCCCAGCCCGAAGAAAUGUCUUUGAUAACGACAUCGAUAUUGCCGAACUCAGCCGAUCAGGUGAUGGUUCCGGCAAAUUACACUUUGGCCGUGUCGAUGCAGACGAAACAGCCGACACAGUCCUUGCAGACCGCAGCCAGCACGCCACGAACAAAGCAGCAAUCCUCUCCGCACUCGCCACAUUUGAUUCCGAUGAUGACGAGCGCGACGAUACGUACGAUGCAACCGACGUAGGCGGAGCCAUCGACGGGCCUACAGGUGCAGACGGCGAAGCCGACGCAGAAAAGCAGACUCGACGCGCGGUCGAUAUCGACGCGACUCUCUUCCGGACAUACAAGUCCAACCCUGGCCUCUUUGCCCGUGACUCUGGGACCCGGCGCUCGCAACCGCGCCAGUCAUUGAAGCGCGAGACCGAGAUGACGGAUGAGGCCAUUGAAGGAUGGGCUGUGAUGCUAGCGCGUGACUCGAAGCGUCUUGCUAGACUUGAGGGUCAAUUUGCCAUGGAUGCCGGUGGGGCUGGUGGUGGCGCACUGAACCAGCCUGAGCUCCGCUCUACUUCUUACCGAAGACCUCAGCCCGCCGAGGAUGGAAACGAGGGCUCGGAUGAGGGUGAGUCUUCUGGCAAUGGUGGUUCUCGGGGUAGAGGUAGUGGUGGUGGUGGUGGUGGUGGUGGUGGACGAGGUGGACGAGGACGCGGUAGUGGGCGCGGGCGUGGCCGUGGAGGUGGUCCUCAGUCUGGUGGCCAAGGACAGGCGGAUAAUGCUGCUUCGCGGCAGAGGAAGGAAGAGAACAAAGGCAGUCGUGCCAACCAUAACCGGCGACAGCAACACGCAAAGAAGAUGGCGCGCGGUGGACUCCCUGGUUAG